AUGGCCUAUGACCGGUAUGUGGCCAUCUGUCAUCCCCUGCACUACACCAUCAUCAUGCACUGCGGGCUCUGUGUGUUUCUGGUUCUGGCGUCCUGGACCCUGAGUGUCUUGAUUUCCUUGUUACAUAGCUUACUAGUGUUGCGGCUGUCCUUCUGCACACACGUGGAAAUCUCUCACUUUUUCUGUGAACUGAAUCAGGUGGUCCACCUUGCCUGCUCUGACACCUUUCUUAAUGACAUGGUGACCUAUUUUGCAUCUGUGCUGCUGGGUGGUGGUCCCCUCACUGGGAUCCUUUACUCUUACUGUAAGAUAGCUUCCUUCAUUUGUACAAUCUCAUCAGCUCAGGGGAAGUACAAAGCAUUUUCUACCUGUAUUUCUCACCUCUCAGUUGUCUCCUUAUUUUAUUGCACAGGCCUGGGUGUGUAUCUUAGUCCUGGUGCUACCCACAGCUCACUCUGA